AACCGUCCCCAUAGGCGGUAAGUGACUAGGACUCAAAAACGAAAACAAAAUGACCCGCACACAGCACACCUAGUUACUUGUUCUAUUAGACUUCCUAUAUUGUUUGUCUUCAAGAACUCGCACAGGGAAAUAGAGACGUAGAUAAUUAAAUUCGGAUCUUGAAAGCCCGUCUGUUCUUCUUCAAAUUUGUCUUGUAAACUGGUUUACAACUGCCUUUGCCUUUCGGUAAACCUCCUUCUUCAUAACGAAUAUGUGAAGCAAACUUGCAGGCUUUUCGUUACCAGCGGAGCAGGCUGGAUGACGACAGUCUUUGCUGAACUGAACGCUUCUGAGUUCUAUUAACAAGAAAAGAGUUGUUCCUCUUUACAAUCUCAUAAUUGUUUUUCUCAAUUAAAAACCGAAGACCCAUGUUGAGAACUCGACUCGAUGGUGCUAAUCCGAACGACAACACAACUUCUUGCUGGACCGUGAACUAUAACCAGCACUGCGUCUCAUUGUUGCUAUCUCGAUCUUUUUGUAUCUUUCCUCUCACACAAACAUCUCAUGUGUGUCCUUUCUUGUUGCCCCAAGAAAUUGACUGCUACAUUUGGCGAGGCUUUGAACCGCAUAAACGCCACCGUCUUCUUCCUUUGGAUAUAGACGCACAAAAAACAGACAGUUGCAGGCUGCAUUUGAGCUCAUCAACCUUCGUAAAUGGAAUAUGUUUUACGCCGCCCAACUCACGCGAACAAGAACUUCUUUCGUUGAAGCUGCAUCGUAAUCCUGUUGCGGCUGUUAUUCUUGAUUAUAGAGUAUUUUGUACCCCCAGAGUGAUAUCUGGAUUCUGGAUUGGACCGGAUGUUGAGGAUGGUUCAGGUUUUGUUGAAGCUAUUGUAUAUCAAAUGUUUGAUGCUUGAUUCUCUUUAAAGCUGUUUGUAUCCAUAUCAGUUCAAAUAGAAAUUAUACUAUUAAGCUAAUUAAUCAAUGUUAUUUAUUAGUAAAAUAGUUAGAUGAAAUCAAUCGGUUUUUGGUUUCUA